UGGUCAGAUGCGGUGUUGCACGCAGGUGACGCAGCUGUUUACGGAAACACGUUUACGUCAACACGUGUGCAGGCUUGUAGCUUCAGUCCAGCUCUGUACGUGAAUCUUUGCAUGAUCGCAGUGUGAAGGAUUAAAAACACCGAGAGGGAGUCUUUUUUUGCGCGGAUGUUUUCAAACUCGGAUCUACAUCCACCGUGCAGAAGAAGCAGGGCUGGACUUCAGUCUGACGAUCUGACCCUGUGGAGCCUGUGCAGAAGUUGUCAGUAUAAAAGCAAAGUUGCUUUAAAAAAAAAAACUGAACUGACUCAGAUGCAACAGAGGGUGGAUUUCUGAUUUGAGGAAAUAUGAUUUUGAGGAAAAUUCAACCACGGGCCUACAGAGCUUGGCUGUCUCGGGUGUCGUUGAGGCAGGAGCUGUGUUUCUUCUCCUCUGUGCCCUUCCAGCCGGUGCCCCCUCUGGCUGAGACCCUGCAGGGCUACCUGAGGGCCCUGGAGCCCCUGCUGCCCCCCGAGGAGCUCAGGCACACCCGCAGGAUGGUGCAGGAUUUCGGCAGGCCGGGUGGUCUCGGCACGCAUCUGCAGGAGGGGCUGGAGAAGAGAGCAAGACACACCAAGAACUGGAUCUCAGACUGGUGGGUGCAGUUGGCGUACCUGGAGAGCAGACAGCCGCUGCCCGUGCACUCGAACCCGGCCAUCUCUCUUCCCAGGAGAGAUUAUAAUGACUGGAGGAGCCAGUUAGUGUUUGCAUCCAGACUGAUAGCAGCGGUGCUCGAUUUCAAGGCCAAAAUCAACACUGGCAAGCUGCCAGUCGAGUACAUGCGAGGGAAGCCUCUGUGCAUGGAGCUCUACCCGCUCCUCUUCUCCUCCUGCAGGAUCCCGGGUCCCAAACACGACUACAUCGCUCACCACGGCAGCUCCCGGCAUUCGCCAACACACAUCACAGUGGUCAGGAACUACCAGUUCUUCCAACUGGAGGUUUACAACAGCGACGGCUCUCGAAUGACCGAGAGUCAGAUCCACUCGCAGCUGCUGAGGAUCAGGUCUCAGUCCUGGAAGACCGACAAAGAGCCCAUGGGCAUCCUCACCAGCGAGCACCGCCACACCUGGGGACAAGCUUAUAACCGCCUGCUGAAAGAUAAACUAAACAGGGAAUCAGUGCGGGUGAUAGAGAAGGGACUUUUCUCCUUGUGUCUGGAUUCUCCAGUCAUGAGGAUAUCAGAUGAGAAGUAUGCCAGCCGUAAGGCAGCCCAGAUUCUGCAUGGAGGCGGGACGUUUUCCAACAGCGGCAACCGCUGGUUUGAUAAAACAUUGCAGUUUGUGGUGGGUGAGGACGGCUCAUGGGGUCUUCUGUAUGAACCGGCAACAGCUGAGGGUCCACCCAUAGCAACACUGCUGGAUCAUAUCCUGGAGUACUGUAACAAUCCAGACCCAAAGAGAGCGCCGCUGGUCCCUCUGCCGAUGCCCAAGAAGCUUUACUUUCACAUCGACCGAGAAAUCAAGAGAGACAUAGAGCACGCCAAGCAGAACCUCGAUAUACUGAUCAACGACCUCGACGUGAACGUGUUCAACUUCAAGAGGUUUGGCAAAGAGCUUCCCAAACAGCACAAGCUGAGUCCAAACUCCUUCAUCCAAGUCGCCCUGCAGCUGGCCUACUACAGAGUUCACAAUGAGGUCUGUCCCUCCUGUGACAUCGCCACUCUGAGGAUGUUUCGAGGAGGAAGAACAGAGUACAUCCGCUCGCCCACAAAUCAAACGCUCAACUUCAUACGUGCCUUUGACGAUCCAACUGUUUCGCGUGAAGCAAAGCUGCAACUGUUAAGAGAAGCUGUUGACGCCUACACAGCUCUGACUAAUCAGGCGCUCAAAGGACACGGCAUUGACUGCCACCUGCUGGGGCUGAAGCUGCAAGCCAUCGAGGAGGGACUGAGCAUUCCCAAAGUCUUCAUGGAUACAGCUUACGGGCUGGCGACACACUGGAAACUACGAACUGGGCAGGUGCCUGCAAACACAGACAGUGUGAUGUGUUUCGGGCCCCUCGUUCCUGACGGUUACGCCAUAUGUUACAACCCUCAGGCAGACCACGUCCACUUUUCCAUAACUGCCUUCAACUGCUGCGAGGAGACACAUGCAGAAACAUUAGCCCUCACCCUGAAGGACACCCUGUGUCAGCUACAGGAACUACUGCAGCCUACCGUGUAGCGCUGCUCCUGCAGUUUGUCCGAUGAGAAAAAUAUUUUGUCUUGAUGAGGCUUGUUUUUGACAUGGAUAUGUUCCCAAGUAUGCCACUUGUAACGCUUCACUACAGCAGUUGAUUCUGAAAGAGCAUUAAUGACUGAACUUGGUUGCUCUGAGGUGCUUAUGGUGCUUUUUUUAUGCUUUGGAUGAAGCACUUCAUCUCCUACCUUUUUAUUGCAAAAGCUGAGCAAGCAAGUUGCAUGUAGUUGCCACAGUGGAAGCGUCUAACACUGUCUUUUGGAUGAAAACAAAACAAAGUCGAAGCCUAUCUGACACUCCAGCAUUAAUCAGAACAAGCCAGAGCAUAUGUGUUUAAACUGACUGCACUUCUUUUACCAGGCAUGAGAUGACGAGUAGCCUUCCAGCGUCAUCUACAGAGAGAAUAUUUGAUUUAUAUGUUGCACUGCCACCAGAGUUAAUUGACAAAAUGUUUAUGGAAACAUUUGAUUUUUGCAGGUUUAACAAGUUUGAGUUUGAAAAGGACCAAAAGCCAAGAAGCUGGUUGUCAUUGGUGAUUGUGCGAAGAUGUGACAGGUACUUUUGUUGUUGAGAUGAAUGUGAUGUUUGGCUUUGGCCCCCUCGGUGGGGCGUGUUCGCUAUCAACUUGCAGGGCUGGUUAAUAAAGCCUGUCAUCACAUGA